AUGCAAUUCCUACGAUCUCUUCACUGCCUCCUCGCCCUCGCACUUGCUGCAAUACUCGUCGCGGAGGCUCGCCCCAUCGAAUCAGUUGUCGAGGAAAGGCAACUCCUCGGUCUACCUAUUCCCAAUCUCCUCAGCCUACUCCUCCCCGGAUUAUUCCCCCCGACACUCCCAAUCCCUGGACUCCCCGGGCUUCCGGUCCCAGGUCUCCCAGUUCCAGGCCUUCCAGUCCCAGGCCUCCCAGUCCCCGGUGUCCCAGCACUCCCGCUACCAGCACCCCCAGCCCUUCCAGCACCCCCGGCCCUUCCGGCACCUCCGGCACCCCCCGCGUUUCCCGCGUUUCCUGCGUUCCCCGCGGCUCCUGCGAUUCCUGCGCUCCCUAUUCCCCUCCCGCGAUGA